UAGCUAAAGACCUCCAAACUUCAUGUGGCUUUCAGAUUAGCACAACAACAAUGCCACUGAUGAUCAGUGUGCCCUGAUGAUCAGUGUGGCCCCAAAAGUGCCACCUGUCAGUGUCAAUCAGUGCCAGCAGUCAGUGCUCAUCAGUGCCACGUGCCAGUGCCACAUCAAUGCCACAUAUCAGUGCAUACCAGUGCACAUCAAUGCCACAUAUCAGUGCCCAUCUGAGCUGCCUUUCAAUGUCACCCAUCAGUGCCAGUCAGUGCCACCUAUCAAUGCCAAUCUGCCACCUAUCAUCAAUCAGUGCCAGUCAGUGUUGCCUAUCAGUGCGCAUCAG